CAGCAGCAGCUACCAGCUAGCAAGAACCAAGAAGCGAGCAGAGCUCAGCGUUUGGAGCGAGAUGAUGAGCAGCAGCUUGGUGUCCGCCAUUUCUGCGUCACCGUCUGCCACUGCAAAAGCUCGCCCUCCUCAUGACGGCGCAGCAGCAGCAGCAGAAGAGAGGCAGCAGCUGAGGAUAAAGACGACGCACUCCGGCUGCAGCUGCUGCCAGAGCAGGGGCCGCCGGGCGGUGGUGGCGAUGGCCGGGCCCGGGCCACUGACGGAGAUCGAGCCGGACCUGCGGGAGGACCCCAUCGACAAGUGGCGCACCAACGGCGUCAGCCCGGAGGACUUCGAGUAUGGAGUGUAUGAUGGCCACCAUACCUACCAUGAAACCCAAGAUAAGAAGGGCUUCUGGGAGGAUGUCUCUGAAUGGUAUCAAGAAGCUGAACCUCCUCAGGGCUUCCAAGCACUCAUCUCCUGGUUGUUUCCUCCUGCAAUCAUCCUUGGCAUGGCUUUCAAUGUCCCGGGAGAGUACCUCUACAUCGGCGCGGCAGUGUUCGUCGUCGUGUUCUGCAUCAUCGAGAUGGACAAGCCGGACAAGCCACACAACUUCGAGCCGGAGAUCUACAUGAUGGAGAGAUCGGCUCGCGACAAGCUCAUCGCGGACUACAACACCAUGGACAUCUGGGACUUCAACGAGAAGUACGGCGAGCUGUGGGACUUCACCGUCGACAGAAGAGAUGAGAUCGUGAAAUCGUAGGCUGGCAUUCAGAAACGGGCGAUCAGUGUCACAUUUGCUACAUAGAUGCAGCUGCAGUAACAGUUCAGAGAAUCAGAACCACUGCAAAGAUAAAGCAGGGUGGCACAAAGCUGCAUGAUAAGUCUCUUCAAAAUAAAGAAGUUGAGUGGAAAGGAUGUGUGUAUGCAUCAUCUCAUCUUCUGUAAGGCCUGCUAUCUAUGAUUGUGUGUCAUUUCUGACAGUCUGAACUCUGGAGUUCAGCCAGGUACAAAAGGAGAACUGAAAAUUCUGUUUCCUUCUCAUAUAUGUAUGUAAUUAUGUAAAGCUUCUCAUCUUACAUGUUCUCUGAACAAAGCAUGGAAUAGCUAGCAGCACACUGUUGGUCAUGCCCCCAAUGUAUUGAAAAAAAAUCCUGUAGAUGACAAAGAACUGGUGCAAUAGUUGUAUAGUAGUAUAAUAAUGGAAUUUUUUUUGCCAAGUUUGGCACCA